AUGAAGGAACUUGUCUUAGUCCUCUUUGGCGUCGGCCGCCGUCAGCUCCUCCCGCCCCAGCAGGAAGCUGGUGCGCCGACGGGCUCCAACAUUGCGCCCUUCUACACACUCGCGACCGACCUGUCUGACGAGCAGAUCGCCACGAUGCUGGGCUGGGGCUGGGUGUCAACAAAGUGGCUAUCGAUAAACUUCGUACGCUUCCCCACGCCGCUUCCUACCUACGUCGCGACAUGGGAAAGCUCGACCGCCUUCGUCUCCUCCGCCCCCCAGGACGUCGAAGACAUGUUGGCGGCGGGCUUCACCCGCGAACCCCUCCUCUCGACCACCGCGCGCAUCAUUUGUCGAGACAAGGCAUCCGGAGCUGCUGGGAAGUGGGGCGACACAACCAUGGCCGAUGCCUUCAACACAAUCAUUAACUCGGUCAAGGUGCGCGUCCUUCCCCGCCGCAUCGGCCCACUGAAUACCCCCGCCCCGCUGUAUGCAAUGUAUUGCAACCCGCCCACCACGAACGAGAAAGAUUGGGAGGAAUUCCGAGACGCCAUUCAGGCCCACUCUUUUGGGGUAGAUGGGGGCCGCUCGCCCAACAUCUUCUACGGCGACGCCUGCAAGAUCUGCCACUCGGCCGACCACAGCGUCGGGCUGUGCUAUCUUGACAGCGUCGAUGGCUGGAACGGCCCCCGCCGCAACAACUACUCGAACCAGCCCGCCGCCUCCAGCUCGCGCGGCGGCAGAAACGGAGGGCGAGGCGGGAACCACCAACAGCGUGGCGGCGGAAACCGACAACGCGGUGGAGGGAACCCGCAGCGCGGCCGGGGACGUGGAGGCAACGGACACGGCCGCGGAAAUAGGUACCCAGCCGCCGGUGAUAACCUCGACCAUAACACCACAUCUGCCAUGCUGCGUGCAGCGGGUGGUGGAUGGCCCCACCACAGGUAA